AGUCUCAGAAAGCGGAGAGAAGCUAUCGAGAUUGUCGCCUGAGUCGUCUGCUAGUCUGCGGCGGCGCGGACAGUGGAGCUAUCGAUCUUCCUCUCUACAUCUGGCUUGUUCGUUACAACCAGCCUGAGGUGUGACAGCCUCUCUGUGUCUCACGCAAAACUGCACCAGUCAUUGUCAACCAGUUUGGUAGUCUCUGUAUUAGAAAUAAAGAAAUAAUAUUAUACCGUAGUCUCCAUUUGCUGUCUCUUGUGAGCAACGUACUGAGCUUUUUAACAGCUCCGAGCACGAUGUGUUCUGUCACAACUCAGUGAAUGGCACGUACCUGAUAUCUAAUCUCACGAGGAGCACAAUGUUAAUGAGCUGUGUAAUUAGAUCGGCGAUGUGUUGAUAUGAGCAAGGUAAAGGAGGAUAUUAUUGAUUCUUGAUGACAAUAUGGCCUAACUACAUCAUCGGCGCUCGGAAUGUUUGAGCACUCAUCAGCCUGUCUCGAUCUGUGAGCCAUGAGUCAUUUUCUAGCGGAAUAUCCUGUUCCCCGCGUUAUUGUAUGGUAAAAGAGCUUUGAAGACCUUGUUUUAGUUUUACAGUCGCAGUUUCGAGAGAGAAAUCCCCUGAGACGUUCCGAUCAGUUGGAAGGCUGAGCAGGAAAAUCUCGUGUGCCCCAGCACUGAUAAAAUGGAAUGGUUUAUCCUAGGCACCAGGAUUGUUGUUGGAGGCAAUUGUUCCUCGCAGAGAGUGUUUUCAUUCUGAAAUCUCGAUUGAAGCACAGAAACUGAUUUUGGAGGACCAGAGGACCAGAUCAGAAUGAGAUAUGACUGACCGCUCGUCUCAGAAUUGAGGGCGUAUUGGUGCAAGGGCCAUCAAAGUAGCAUUUGAUCAUCCUCGAUUAUACGAGGUUGAGAGUUUGAGUUCGCGGCGGGUUUUUUUUUAAUCUUCCCAAAAGGCCAAGAUGAUGCGUGGCUUCGACACGAUUGAAUCUAUGAAUGCUGACGAGGUGCUGGUGAAAAGGAAAAGAGGGACCAAGCGCUAUAUGGUCGCUGCUGCUGUCAUUGGGGGUCUUUUCUUCAUUGUAGGCAUAAUGAUUGGAUACUUCAGUCACAAAGCAGAGGCUGAAGGAGCUGGACGUCAGAAGCCGAACAAACGCCUCGAACCUGAUGAAUUCAUCAUUGAAAAAGUGAGCAAGGAAUUCUUGGAUUCAAAACUCAGGAUGUUUUCUUCCAAGCCUCGACUAGCAGGCACCAAAGCUGGUACAGAAAUAGCAGAGACCAUUAAAUCUUUGUGGUCAGAAAGUGGACUGGAUGAAGUUCAUAUGAAAACAUACAAUGUUCUUCUGUCACUUCCGAAUGCAUCAGAGCCAAACAUGGUUGAGGUGAUAAACAAGACAACAGGUGAGCCAGUGUUUACAUCACAGCUGUAUGAAGCAGCCCUUCGUCCAGAAGACAAUACAACUCUAAUAGUGCCUUUUGCUGCCUACUCCCCUGCUGGAAUUGUUGAGGGGAAUAUUGUUCAUGUCAACUAUGGAACUACGGAGAACAUUGAGAGUAUGCUACAAAAUCUAACCUUUGAUCUAACUGGAACAAUUUUCCUUGCCAAAUAUGGACAGAUCUCCCCUAAACAAAAGGUUCAAAAUGCAGAAUUGUAUGGUGCCAGUGCUUUACUCCUGUACCCAGAUCUGGCUGAUACAAAUGGGCGAGACAAUGCAAAUGAGAAAGUAUACCCAGACUCGUGGCUGAUGCCUGACUCUGGAGUGAGAAGAGAAAUGCUCCUCGAUAAAUAUGGAGAUCCAGACACUCCAAACUAUCCAUCAACAGAAUAUGCUCAUUACAUAAAUCCAGAGACAAGAAAUCUACCGAAGAUCCCAUGUCAACCAAUCAGCUACCAUGAUGCAGUGUCUUUGCUUGAAGUAUUGACUGGAUCAGCCGCCCCUCAGUAUGGAGUUGUGUCAGAUAAUGGAAAUGGAUCGGCUUUAGAAGUAAGGGUGACUGUGAACAACAUCUUACAGAGGAGGCCAAUCCAUAACGUCAUCGGAAUCAUCAAAGGCAGCAUAGAGCCUGACAGGUUCAUCUUACUUGGUGGUCACCACGACUCAUGGACUUAUGGAGCUGUUGACCCACACUCUGCAAGUGCUGUUUUAUCUCAGAUUGUCCAUCUGUUUGGGCAGUUGUUACAGUCAGGACAUCGCCCAAGACGCACUUUGGUGUUUUGCAGUUGGGAUGCCAAAGAACCUGCCAUUAUUGGCUCAACAGAAUGGGUGGAGGAGAAUGAGAAACUGCUGUCAGAGAGAGCAGUGGCAUACCUCAACGCAGACCUCAUAGCAGGAGGACACUUUACUUUGUCUGUGAAAGCCAGUCCAUUGUUGCAAGACGCUUUAUUCACAGCAGCAAAGAGGGUACCAAGCCAUGUGGAGAACUAUAAGACACUGUAUGAUUUAUGGGCAGCACGGCCGAAUGACGAAAGUUGGAACUCUCAAGAGCCAAAGGUUUCGUAUGCUUUUGGUUCUGAUGGUGACUAUGUCUCAUUUCAUGAAAAUGUUGGCAUUUCGUCUGCUGACUUCAGUUUUACAUAUGAAAAGAAAAAGUUUCAAGGUGCAAACUAUCCUUUGCACCACACUGCUUAUGAUACAUACUAUUUGUAUAAACAAUUUCAAGACCCUAAUCUAGCCUGUAUGGAAGCAGGGGCACGCUUCUGGGGCAUUCUAGCAAACAACCUUGCCAAUGCUCCAUUGCUCCCACUGAGAGCGUCUCGGUUAUCUUCAGCUGUGAGUGCUUUUCUGGAUGCUUUGACUCUGGAGCUUCAAGACAUGCUCGAUACAGACAGCAUUACACUUGACGCUGUUAUAUCAGCAGUAAGGAAUUUUUCAGAUGCAACGUCUAAGUUGGAGCAUGACAUGAAUGACAGUCCAGAACUGACAGCUAAUCCUCUAAUGCUGAGGAGAUAUAAUGACAAGCUCAUGCUGCUAGAGCGAGCUUUCACUCACAUAAACAUUUUGCCUGGAAAAGAAUUUGUGUUCAGAGAUGGAACACCUGGUCAAGACGUUUCUCCUGAAGACAUCUACCUGUAUGACAUCUUAAAUACUGUAACUGACAUGACCCAUGGGCCUGAACAGAUUGAGCAAUUGAAAGAGCAAAUUUCUGUCAUAGCGUUAAAGGUGCAGUCAGCAGCUGAUAGUCUUUAUGACAUUGGUUUAAUUAAGGAGAAAUGAGUAUAGAAGCGCUUCAUUGUCUUGAAUGAACAUCUGUGAUUACAUUUUUUUUUAGAGCUUUGUCGCUCUGAGUAAAAAACAUCACAAAUAUUGCGUAUAACAGUUUAUGAAGUAUACAUCAUGAGCUGCUAGUACAGGGCAAGUGCUUCAAGCUUGUGCUGCAUUUCCAUCAAAACCUGUUUUAUUUGACCAUGAACUUUGAAUUAUGCCUACUUUUGGCUCCUUAUACAAUCAAAAGUAAAGCAAAAAGUUCAUUGAUUGCAAUUUCAAGCAUAAUAUGAAUUGAUAACACCAAUGAAUUUGACAUGUAUACUUGUACAUUAACUGAAACUGCAAUGCAAAAGUUAUAUGUAUCAGAGUGGGGGUUUUUUGGUUUCUUUUUAUAAUUUGUGAACAUUUUACUUCCCAAAAGCAACUCAUGUGCCCCCAUUCGUACAUUAAAAAUGAUUUUGAGGUAUGCAGAGCAGAAAGCAAACUGUUAAGCUCAACAGUGAGUUUCUAGAGGUUUUGUAAUGCCACAGUGAAAUAUUGUAUACUACAAGACUGGCCACUCUUAAAUAUGAAAAAAAAAGUCAUCAAUAAUAACUCCAGUGGUAAUGUCUAUACUUUCACACAUUGGGUACCAUCUAUGGAAUAGUGUUUCUUGUUAACAAAGGCUAAGAGCACUUCUGUUAAUGAAAAAACCCAAAAUGUUUUCAUUAGUGCCAGAGGCAACACCUACAUUAUUCGCAUAGAUUAUUGAAGGCCUUUUUAUUAGGCAGUGGACUGUCUUGUAAUAUUCUAUUUUGUAUUUUAUAUAUAUAGAUUAGGAGAGGUAAAGCACAAAAACCUGUAGCUUGAAUGGGCACAACAGUGUUAUAUAAUAUACCUUUCUCAGGAUCUACUUGGUUGUGAUUUUGUCUAACUUGUUUUACAAUGAACCUUCUAGGGGAGAUGAGGAUGAAAUUGCAAGCAGGUAACCUAUUAAAAUAUCAAAGGCCAUGUUCAAUUUGUGGUGAUGAAUAAGUGCUCUUUGACAUGGUCUGCUGCCAAUCUGAAAGAAAACCAUUAGUGAGUUGUUUCUACUAAAAUGAAUUGUAGGGGCCUACUGAACCAGCUGACUGAUGAGUUUAGAGAGUCAGUUAAUAGAGGGAAUAAUUUAUUUUGUUUACAAAAGCCUUUCACCUUGAAAAGUAUAAUUAUUAUUUGUUGAAUUGUAUGCACUUCAUCUCUCUUGUUCAUGCAUAGGUAAACUUUGUUGUUACCCAUCUAUGAUUUGAAAGUAAAAAGUUACUGUUAAAUGUUAGAUGCAUGAACUUUAUGAAAAAUAUAUUUUACUUGUGAAUUCCUUUACUAGUUGUCAUUUCCUCGUCUGUGUUUCCUUGUUUUUCUCUGUUCGCAGGCUGCACUCUUGAAACCAUAGCAUUUACAAGAAUUAUGCCUCAAACAUAGAAUUAAUGGAAGCUUAUAUUCAAAUUUGCGGUAGUUUAUGUAUGUCCAUUUGUCACGCUACCAAAAUUUGUUUCUCCAGUAAUAAUAAAGUGCUCUGUAGUGUCUCUUGUUAUGACGUUGUAAUAAGUAUAAAGUUUUUCACUUUUGCUGAGUGUCUGUUCACUCCUAGAUGGUGUUUUGUGAUAGAAAACUUCAUGUCAUCCUUAGUGUAGUGCUUAGCACUUAUUGUCCACUCUCUUUCAAAGUAGCAAGGAGACUGUAAUACUUCCAGUCUUCAGAUCUGUGAUCAAUCAAAGGAAAGGAUUCCUCCUUUCUGGAGACUGAGACAAUAGUCACAGUCACGUUUCUCCAGAUGAGAUCUGGAAAUGUUAGAAUACUGCAAGGCAAGGACUGGAAGAAUUAUACCACUGAUCCCACCAAAAAGAAAUUAGUUUUGAAAUAUUGUACAUAAGUUUCCUUUUAAUUUUAGGAACUACACAUUCCAUAUAUAUAUCUUAUAUAUCAAUUGAAUGUCUACAUAUCAUUCUUGGAUAAAACUCUGCUGUGUCUCAAUAUUGUAGAGGCAUAUAUUUCUAUUUACAACAAGUCAACACAUUCCUGUCCUCUUCAAAGCACUAUGCAAUUGCUGCAUGUCACCUCAAAUAUCAGGGAGUCUAUUUAUAGCAUACUAAAGAAAAAAA